CAAUUCUCUUUUUCACUUUACAUAGCAAAACCCUAGUAAAGAAAUUGAAAAUAUAUUUAUUGUUGAUUGGUCUCAUCAAAAUUUCUACAAAUGGUACAUUUGCAGCAGGAUAUAGGAAAAAGAAAAACGGCGCUAAAGAAGGAAAAGAAGAGUGUGGUAAAGUUUAUGAGUGUAGGUUUUGUUCCCUCAAGUUCUGCAAAUCUCAAGCUCUUGGCGGACAUAUGAACCGCCACCGCCAAGAGAGGGAGACAGAAACUCUGAACCGGGCUCGUCAGCUCGUCUUCAAUAACGAUAACCUAAUUGCUCCCCCUCACUUAGGUUGCCAGCCAAUUCCUCACGGAGUUGGAGGUUAUCAUCACCAAGCAGGAAAUAUUGGUACUGAUCCAACACUCUCAUAUAGACCACCGCCACCACCAGUUUAUCCAACAAGGUUAUUUUCCGGCAACUCUACCACCCUCUUGCCACCAGGACAACCACCACAACCACCUCAUCAACCGCCGUACAUGUACCCUUCUCCGCCGCGUCUCCUCUCCUUUUCUUCUCAAUAUCCAACCGGCCAUUCAAACGAUUACUUUGUUGGCCAUGUUCUUUCUGGAAAUUCACACUCAUCAACUCUUAAUAACUUCAUGGGAUCAGCUUUACCUGAUGAUAGUAACAAUUACACUUGCAUUGGUGCACCAAUAGGACAUGGACUUGGACUUGGCAAUGGAAGUAAUAGAGGCACAGAAGGGCUUAAUAAUAAUGGAUUUUAGUACUCUCUUCGUUUAAGUUUAUGUGAACUUUUUCGGGUUUGACUAAUAUUCGGUAGAAUUAAUAGAGGGAGUAGUUCUUUCUUGUGCCUUUUCCCUUGUGCUAUGUUUUUUUUUUAUUUUGUUCUUCCAAGUGAGAGACUAAGUGCUAGUCUUAAUGAUCUUUUUAUGUAAUGUUGAGAGAGGAGGGUUGAAAAGAGAAUACCAAAAAACAAACUGACAAAAUGGGGUCAAGGAAAAGAGAGAGAAGUUUUUGGUUUUUCUACAGGUUUGGAAACAGCUUUUGAGCCAUUUGCUACUCAUACUCUAGCUAGAUAUCUAGUUUGGCUUUAAGCUAAGGGGAUUUGAUUGGAGAGUAACUAUAUGGUUUGCUUUUACGUACAACAAACCUGUUGUAAAUGGAACUAGAUUUUCAAGGGUUUUGCUCCUCUACAUGGGACAACAAAGUUAGAUUUCAACUGAAAGUUAAAA